AUGAGGAGGGACCUUGCACAUGCCUUGGCGGAAAGGUUCUGCCACCUGGGAGAGAAUGUAGUAUAUAAGAUCUCCCUCUAUCGGCAGAACACAGCACAUCUCACCAUGAAGGUCCUGGCUCUUAUCCUGAUAUCUGCGGUAUCUGCGUCAGCAGACCUACGCGGCUACAACUUGCCAUCCCCAACCGGUCCGUCCUUUGGGUCAUCCUCUGGGUCUACCUUUGGGUCGUCCUCUGGGUCGUCCUUUGGGUCAUCCUCUGGAUCGUCCUUUGGGUCGUCCUCUGGAUCGUCCUUUGGGUCGUCCUUUGGCCAAUCCGUUGGUCCGUCCUCAGGUGGAUGCAGUCCCGGACAAGUGCGACAUGUGGACGGUAGAUGCGUGACUCCGCGAGAAAACAGAAGAGUGUUCUUGUAUGAAGUUCCUUCGAACGUGGUGUUCAACGGCGCUCCAGUCAACAUCCCCGAGCCAACAGUGGAGACCAACAUCGUGCUCAUCCGAACGCCCGAAGGAUUGCAGGGACCUGACCCCGUGGUCGUACCUCCUCCGAGACAGCAGCACGUCGUGUACGUGCUGAACAAGCAGUCUGAACAUGACCAGAGGGUGAUCGAGGUCACGGCGCCACCGCCAUCCGACCCUGAAGUUUACUUCGUCAACUACGCCGAAGGCGAGAACCCAACUCUUCCUAGCGGAGUGGAUCUACAGAGCGCUCUGGGCGCUGCUACUCAAGGCGGCGGUCAGGUGAUCGGCGACAGCGGCUCUGGUGUCGGCGGUGGUAUUGGCGGUAGUAUCGGUGGCGGUAUCGGAGGUGGCAGCAGUGGAAGCAUCAGUUUAGGAGGAGGCGGAGGAUUCGGAGGCAGCGGCGGAAGCAUCAGUUUGGGAGGAGGCGGAGGAUUCGGAGGCAGCAGUGGCUUCAGCAGCUCUGGAGGAAGCAGUGGAUUCGGAGGCAGUGGCAGUUUUGGAUCCGGAAGUGGAUUCGGUGGAUUUGGAGGCAGUUCGGGAGGCGGCAGCAUCAGUGGAAGUUACACUCCACCAACCCAGCCUUCAAACCUGUACACUUCACCAUGAAAUCUAUUUCAGAAUUAUCUGCCUAACUUAAAUUUAAUCUGAUGUUGUGAUGUGAUAUAUCUAUGCAAACAUCACUUUUAUGCACAGAUCAUCUAAACCAUCUAACUUAUACAAGUAAAAUUACUGGUAUAAUAAAAAAUAAAUAAAAAGUAAUGUCUCGAA